GAGUUCUUAUGCUAAUGCUGUUCUGACAUCAGCAGUGAGAUCAAAGCGGGGCAGGGGUACUUUAGAGCCGUGUCUGCCCCCACUCAGCUUACUUCCACUCCAACCUCUCUGUCUGUCACACACACAGGCUGCCGACCGACACCGCUCACACACACCAUGAGUACCUGUCCGGAGCCGAUCCACCGCCCCGUCUUGGAUUUUACUAAAGCUUCCGGCUGAUAGGAACCAGGACAGCUGACCUGAAGGAUAACCCGACCCGCUGAGAUUUAGUGUGUUUUUCCCCUCCUGGCUGCUUGUGUGGACUUGUGGAGCCGCGGUAAAGGAUUUCGAGACAGGAGCUGUGCCAUGAGCGUUGACCUCUGAGUGUGAGCCUUUUGUGUUCGUGUCCUGUGUGAACUGGAACCAGUGGCCAUCAUGAAGAGCAGCUCUCACAUCCUGCCUCUGGGUGUGCUUACCGCUCUGCUGCUGUCUCAGGUCUGCUCGGGCGUCAAAUGGCUAGCCCUGUCACAUACUCCUGCCACCAUACCCUUCAACCAGACGCAGCAAUGCAAGCUGCUCCCGGCCAUGGUUUCCUCCCAGAUCCAACUUUGUCGCAGCAACAUAGAGCUCAUGCCGACCAUUGUCCAAGCUGCCCGCGAAGUCAAGAAAACUUGCCAGAAGACAUUUGCUGACAUGCGCUGGAACUGCUCCUCCAUCGACAUCCCCGCAGAUGCCACAAAGUAUCGGCCGGACCUGGAGAGAGGAACAAGGGAAGCUGCGUUCAUGUACGCACUGUCAGCAGCGGCCAUCAGCCACAGCAUUGCCCAAGCUUGCACCUCUGGGGAUUUACGGGGGUGUUCCUGUGGCCCCAUCCCUGCAGAAAUCCCAGAGCCCGGCUACCGCUGGGGCGGCUGUGCCGACAACCUUAACUACGGCUUAUACGUGGGCACCAAGUUUUCAGACGCUCCCAUGAAGAUAAAGCGCUCUGGUUCCAAUGCGAACAAACUGAUGCAACUUCACAACAGCGAAGUUGGGAGACAGGUGCUGAAACAGGCGUUGGUGAUGAAGUGUAAAUGCCAUGGUGUUUCUGGAUCCUGCUCCAUAAGGACCUGCUGGAAAGGCCUCCAAGACCUCAGGGAGAUUGCAAUGGACCUGAAAUCCAAGUACCUGUCUGCGACCAAGGUGGUUUACCGGGCCAUGGGCACACGAAAGCAUCUGGUACCCAAAGACAUUGAUAUCAGGCCGCUGCGGGAAAAUGAAAUGAUCUAUUUGCACAGCUCCCCGGAUUUCUGCACCAAGAAUGAAAAACUUGGUUCUGUUGGCACGCAGGACAGGCAGUGCAACAAAACAUCCGUCGGCAGUGACAGCUGCGACCUGAUGUGCUGCGGCCGUGGCUACAACCCCUACAUGGAGAAGCUAGUCGAGCGCUGCCACUGCAAGUACCACUGGUGCUGCUAUGUAACCUGCAAAAAAUGCGAGCGGAUCGUAGAGAGAUACGUCUGCAAGUGAUUGCUGCUCCACCGGCGGCCCCUCGGCCUCAUACCAAGCCCCCCCAAGGCUACAGAUUAACCAAAGCACUACAGUACCAAGAAGGCUUACUUCUGUCUUCAGCUUUAGCAUGCAUAUCUCAACAAGAAUUGGUAUAUUCUUGUGCAGUAUCCGUAUCAUAUUGCAUCUCCAAACAUUCGGCUGGGCUUCGGGGUUUCUUCCUGAACAAACGUUGAUGGGAGAAGCGUGGCAACAGGUCAAGCCAGUUCAUGUGAAGACCACCGUCCUUCUAGUUAUUAUCCUCUGUCAUGUUAAUGAUUAUAACCCCCUGUCCCCGACAGGGAUACAGAACACCAGUUUAAACAUAUCUCUAAUAAAAAGAAAUAAUAUUGGAUUUUAUGCUGGAGGAUUCUCCUGAUUAUGCUUGGCAUCCUUCCCUGGAUAUUAAAGGGCUCUAAUGGAUCCUCAUUUUUUUAGGUACUAUCAAAAUUCUUUUCCUCUGGAGCAGUGGACCACAGAGGAAAGGGGAACACAAAGGAAAACCUCAUGUGCUUUUCAAUUACAGAACAUGUGUGUGGUUGAUGCCUGGGACUCAUCAGGUGCCCCGCGUGGACCAUGACAUUCCCUGCAGAAUGAGAGAAGAAAUCAAAGAACUUUGUGAAACGGUGCAUUAUCUCAAUUUUGUUUGACAUGCAGGCAGAUCAAAAUAUAUUCUAUUUUUCAGAGCAUAUGAGCUUAACUCAUGGAUUUUGUAAACCACUUUUGUGUGGGUGUAUAUACUGUUAUUUUGUAUACUGAAAUAAAGAAAUAAGUAUUUAUAAAAUA